UGCGGUACCUCCGGCUAUCGUCUCAUCGUCGCGACUUUUCCUCACCUUCGACCGACCUCGCGGAUUAUAUAUAGAUAUAUAAAUAUAUAUAUAUAUAAAUAGUAUAUAUAGUAUAUAUAGUAUAUAUAGUAUAUAUAAUACCAUACCGUACAUUUUGGCCGUGGCUAUCGGUGCCGAGUGCUCCCCAGUGCCAGAGGGUGGUGCUGCACGUGGCGCAAAGUGGAACCCCCGCGUCGGCCUCGAGUCGCGAGAUUCUCGUCGAAAAAGGGCUUUCAUGAGGACGAAGGCUUUCGGGAGGACCAAGAAGGAAUAGGCGCAGCCUUGGGAAAGAGGCUUCAUCAUGAGAGAGACGAGAUGGCAUCUUCUCGCGCUCUAUGGAAUUCUUCUGGCCACGGCAGUGUCGGCGGCGUUAAAGAACACCCGGCCAAAAUUCAAAAUCGCGACUACGUCGACGACGACGACUCCAGCGCCGUCGACGGCGGCUUCGGGAAGCUCUGACGCCGAAGGACACGACGAGGGAGAUGCGGCGGUGACGACGGUUUCCAGCGAGACGAACGCCACCACCGGGCACACCUUAACAGGGAUUCCCCAGAUAGACUACAUUUGGGACCCGAAUUUACCCCGUGAACUCAACGGGUAUAAUUUGAGCGACUAUCCCUUCUAUAACAGCAUACCCGAAGACAUAGACUUCAAAUGCGACGGCCUUCACGAUGGUUUCUAUGCCAGCGUGCCUCACAAGUGUCAGGUGUACCACCACUGCCUCUACGGGACCCGGUACGACUUCCUCUGCGCCAACUUCACGGCGUUCGACCAGAAGACGUUCAUCUGCCACUUCGUCUCUGAGGUCGACUGCAUCAACUCGAAGAAGUACUGGCACCGGAAUGAUGCUCUCUACAAGGCGGCGACUACAACCACAACGAGUACCACGACGUCCUCUACGAGUACCACGAUAGCUCCAAGUGUGGCGCCACCGACGCGGUCUCCGCCUAGAGAUAGAGACAGAGAUUCCUCAAGAAGACGCAGGCCCUUCAGAAGGCGGCCAGCGUACGAUUACUACGAGGAAGACUAUUACGACGAGGAGUACGAUAGAGACCGUCCAAGGGGUUACGACAGAAGAGAAGAUUACGAAUACGAGGACAGGAAAUACAGGAGGGACCGAGAUAGAGACAGAGAUAGGGAUUUCCGGGAGCGGGAACCACCUAGGCCUCUUAGGGAGAGAGAGGACAGGGACAGGGAGAGAUUCUCUUCGAGGGCCAACAGAAGGGAUCCCCUUCGGAGAGAUCCUCCCGAGGACGAACCCAGGUCCAGAGGUAGAGAUCAGGAUCCUAAGUUCAGAGACCCCGAAGAGGACCUCGACGACCGCUGGCACUCGGAAACCAGACCUAGAAAUUCGGAUAAGAGGUACAGGGAGGAGUAUGAAGACAAGGAGCCACCGAUUGCAUCUGCAGGGGUUGAAGGUCUAGUUAAACCUGCUGCACCCAGUUCCUCGGUUUACUCCAGGCCUCGAGCUCCACCGAAGAUUCGCAGACCUGUACCUCUCUCGGAGCAGGACAGAUUCGCCUAUAAAGCAACUUCCGCUCAGCCAGUACUUGACGAACCUCGAAGAAGACCCGCCGAGGUUCCGGAGGACGACUACUACGAGGACGAGGUCGACGAGGUGAGGCCCAGAAGACCCAUGAGAAGAAGACCUUCCUACAGGGAGAGGGAUUUUUACGAGCGAGAUCGGGACCGGGAUCGGCCGUUUCGACCUAGGUAUAGAGAAGAGGACGAGGAAGCUAGGCCCAGGAAGUACCCUGAACGUCCAAGGGACCGGUACCACGAUAGGGACAGAGGAAGGGAUCGAUCCCUAGAUCGUGGAAAGGACAGAUCUCCAGAGAGGAGCCUAGAUCGCGAGAGAGACCAUACCCUGGGCAGAGCUCAAAGCACCGAAAAACCGGAAAAAUCCCCCAGGAUCCAAGACAGGGAGAGAGAACCUGAUCGUCUAAGGUCUUCUUCAAGGUCCAAGGAACCGACCGACGCAGCCGAACACCCUAAGAGACCGAGCAUUUAUGACAGAACCACUGAAAGGGCUCUCGAGAGUACAAGCGAAACUCAACCAGUUCCUGUCGAGCAUCAUGGAGCGGAUACUGAAAGGACCGUCGAAAGGGUCGCUGAAAGACCUGUAGAGAGAGUAGUAGACCGCCCUGUAGAAAGGCCAGAGAAGCCGAUAGAAAGACCCCAGGAACGCCCUGUAGAUCGACCCGAAAGACCACUUCAUUCCGAUCGACCAGGUCGACCAGCUCAACGACCAGAGUCUCAUUACCCAAAUCGCCAUACAGAGGAAAGAGAAGAGGAAGAGGAGCUUCCUCAUCCCGCGAGGGACCACCAGGAAGAGAAAAUCCCUAGACCGACUCAACACCCAGAAUCCCAGGUGGGUAACAGAGAAGAGGAAUACGCGCAUCGGCAGACCCCAUCAGGAGACGAGUACUCUUCGGAAUAUUACGACGACCUGGCCGAGGAGGAUCCACCAGCGCCGCCUCCAAGGACUGCGGUCAGAGUGGUGAAGAGACCCUUCCUUCCUUCCCGAGGAGGAAAUCCUCACCCUAGAGGUCUGUCCCCAGUAGGUACGAAGGCCCCAGGUCGAGGAACUGCCACAUACAAGUCCGAAGAAGAGAAAUCCCUAGGCAGAGUCCCGGCUCGCGAGCCUGCCAAGUCCGACUACCUCGAAGAGGACCCUGAAGAAGAGGUGGAUCCCCCUCGGGACUCGAAGAACAGGCCACUGGACGGAAAGCAGCUCUACGACGCAUACAAGGUGAUCCAGACUGACAUGCAGCAGAAGCACCGAGGGGAGGAUGCGGAACAGAGUGGAAACAGACCUGCAGCUAGAAGGCCCCUAGACCUGCAGUCGGAAAGAGCCCAAGAAGAGGAGGAAGUGCAGCAAUCAGAGACUCCAGGAUCCGGACGAGGAGCCCCUGGUCAGCGCAGACCCGAAGAAGAGAAGCCCGCUGCAAAAUGGCCGAGCUACAUGGUGGAAGAGAGGCAGUCCGAGGAGGAUGUGCAGAGGAGUCAGGGUCCUCGAAACUCAAGGCCCCAGGCCACGGAGCCCAGCCUCUACAGUGCUACGUUCAAGACCGAAGAGGGCCCUGAGCAGCCCAGCGGGCCAGGCAGUCUUAAAGUCAAGCAGAGAAUCAACGAGGUCACGCAUCCUCUUCAGGACAUCCCCGAAAGCGAGUACGACGUAACUCUAAACGACGCUCUCACGCCUACCCUGAACCAGGAGACCAGUCUUCCCAGUGGGUUCGUUCUACCGCUGCAUCGGCAGCUGGGCAGGGAUCCGGUGUUGCAGUCAUCUGAAAACAACUAUCAAGUCUCCCAACCCCUGGGUCAGCAACAACAACAGCAGCACCAACAGGACAAGCCGUUCGUCCCCAGUCCGCAGUUCGUGCCCUCAGGCGUCGGCGGUGAUCGCUCCAGGACGGUCUACUUCAGGACCCCGGAGACCAUCCACAUAGGGGGAUCCCAGUACCGACAACAACGCGGUCCCUGGCAUGACUACACCGGAUAUUGAUCUUGGUACUUCCGACCCAUCGUACCUCUCCAGGUAAAGACCGUUCACCGCGACAAUGGUGUCGUUGUGUACGAUGGAAAGGCAUUCUUCACGCCCGCCACGGUACAUUCGAAUGGCGGCAGAGCAGCGAUCGCUUUGGGAUUCCCAUUGUUGGGUCCUUCAGGUUCCACCUCGGUGGGAAUUCCCAGCGACAUUGUCAAACAUUUGUCGAACAUCCAGACUGGGUAGCGACACUCGCCAUGUUGGGAACACGAGGUUCUAUAAAAUUCCACGAAGUGACGAGCAGAAAGUGCGAGACCAGGACCAAAACCUCACCAUAAUUGCAAGACAAAGACCAAGACUACGGUCUUGCACUUGCUCGUCACUAAUCCCUAGAAAACCCUAAGUGUCGCUUUUUCCUCUAUGGGAUCUCCCUUCGCGAAUGUUUAAGGGAUUCCCCCAGCUCUCGAGUGUCCUCGUAUAUCUUUUCUCGAGCAGGGCUCAUUUUUCUUAGGAUGUUCGACGCAGGACGGAGGUUGCAUCGCCAUGCAGCAUCUUCUGCCGAGUACAGUUGGGUAAUCUGGAUCUUCCGGUGUAAACUUCAUCUAAGUUUAAGGUACCGAUACUCCUCCCCCUGCUUUGGGGACUUUGUAAAUACGCACCGAGCUUCGAUCGACGAUGCUAUAUCGAGAGAAAGAGAUAUAUAUAUAUAUAUAGAUAUACCAUAACAUACAUAUGUAUACAUACAUACGUGUGGCAUGUAACCAUGUAUCCCCUUCGUAAUGAGAUUACUUCUCGGCCCGUCUCUUCAACGUUGCCGAGAUCCUGGCCCAGGUCGGGCACAGUUUGCAUUGGAAUCUUCUUCACCUACGACUUCGCGUGUCAAUUUGCAAGACAGCCAUUAGGGCACCUCGGGCGCCUGUAAAUUAUGUUGAUAAUAAAUAUUACAAUUACGAUAAGAAACAUAGCGUUUGCGCGGAUUAAUGAUCCUUCGGAUAGACAUCGACGUACGAAGAUCACGUUCAAAUCCGUCAUUUAUUUAACUGUACACAAACGCGUGCUUAAAAUUAGAAACACAACGUUCCAGGGCCGGGAAAUAACGGGACGAAAUAAAUAUCUAUCCUGCA